AUGAGAGCCCUCCUUUGGAAUUGUCGGGGUGCAGGUAAGCCCUCCUUUGCCCCGGCUUUCCGCAGGUUGGUGCAACAGCACAAACCUGAAAUUUGUGUUUUGUUCGAGACCCGGCUCUCCGGGCAAAGCCUUCAGAAGGCCCGGGCGGCGAUACCGAGGUCAUGGAAUUUUUAUGCAGUGGAAUCUCAAGGACUGUCGGGAGGUAUUAUAGUGACUUGGGCACAGGGUGACUACCAAAUUGAUGUUUUCAAUGUUUGUAAACAGGAGGUCAUCUUAGUGAUAUCAGAGGAUAAUAGGAGCCCGUGGGUCCUAGCAGCUGUGUAUGCCAGUACAGAUUAUAGAGUGCGGAGGCGGUUGUGGGCGGAGGCGUCUCAGCUUAUCACUCAGGGAUUUGAGAAGUUCUGGACAUGUUAUCCUCGGUCCUGGGAGAUUGUGAGGGAGGCAUGGGAUGUACCGAUGAGAGGGGAUGCUAUGUAUCGACAGUAUCGUGUGUCUCGCCGGUUGGAGCUGACCAAAAGAAGGUUGAGGAGGUGGAACCGUGAGGAGGUAGGGAAUAUCUUCAGGAGGAUUGAGGAGUCUGAGGAGGCUAUUGCUGGAUUACAGGCUCAGGAGGCCUUGGGAGGGAGUUUGGCAGAGGAGGAGAUGGGGGAGCUUAGAUCUCUACUAUCCUUACAUGAUUCUCUCUUGCGACAGCAGGAGAUCUUUUGGAGACAGAAAUCGAGGGUGCAGUGGAUCCAGGAGGGGGAUCGGAAUACUAGGUUUUUCCACCAGUCGACAGUGAUCAGGAGGCAUCGGAACAGGAUCAGGGUGAUUAGGGAUGAGGAUGGGCAGUUAGUGGAGGAUCCAGAUUCGAUUCGGAGGGUGCUGGAGGGUUUCUUCAGGGCCAGAUGGUCUGAGCAGAUGGGUACUGGGAGCUCAGGGAGUAUCAUACCGCCAGUGGCACGGGUGGCAGAGGAGGAUAUGGUCGCACUGACUAGGCCGGUAUUGGAUAGUGAGAUUAGGGAGGUGAUGUGGUCCCUUGAGGGGGACAAGGCGCCGGGUCCGGAUGGCUUUCCACCGUUAUUCUUCCGGAGGUACUGGAUGAUUGUUGGUCAGGGGGUGACGGCGGCCAUACAGCAGUUUUUCAGCACAGCAGUGAUGUCUACAGAUUGGCAGAGGACCCUAGUCACUCUGAUACCGAAGCGUCAGGAUGCUUCGGAGCCUAGUCACUUUCGCCCGAUCAGUCUCUGUACUACCUUGUACAAAGCGACGGCGAAGUUACUAGCUGUCAGAUUGAGGAUCAUACUUUCGAGAUUGAUCAGUCCGGAGCAGGGGGCUUUUGUGGGAGGACGGAGUAUCACAGAUAAUGUUCUUAUUGCCCAGAAGUUCAUGUAUGAUCUUGGCAGGGCGUCGAGUAGGAGAAGUCUGAUGGGGGUCAAGCUUGACAUGGAGAGGGCAUACGAUAGGAUGAGGUGGGAUUUUGUACAGCAGUCCUUGCAGGAGUUUGGAUUUCCCGAGGCAUGGAUCAGAUGGAUCAUGGGGUGUAUCAGAGGCCCUUCCUUUGCCAUUUUGGUAAAUGGAACGCCAUCACGGUACUUUGUGUCCUCUGGUGGGCUGCGUCAGGGUUGUCCCCUCUCCCCUCUAUUGUUUAUUAUAUGUGCAGAUGCGCUUUCCAGGACCUUGCGGUAUGCAGUGACCACCCAGGAGCUGGAGGUUUAUAGGCCCGUGCCGGAUGCCUCCCCGAUUUCUCAUCUACUAUUUGCCGAUGAUUGUCUUCUGUUGGUCCGUGCGACUAGACAGGCAGCAGGGAUCAUUUGGACGAUCUUGCGGGAUUAUUGCUCUAUGUCUGGUCAACGGGUUAAUUUAUCUAAAUCAGCAAUUUGUUUUAGCCCGAAGACCAAACCAGAUGUGAAGACCGCUAUACUGGAGAUUCUGGGGGUGGGAGAGCAGGAGGGCACGUUGAGGUAUUUGGGAGUCCCUAUCUCUGGUCAGCGUCUGCGCAGCAGUGAUUGCACCUCUCUUGAGAUCAGUAUCCGGCAUAGGCUGGAGGGGUGGCAGAUACACUCUCUUUCUAUGAUGGGCAGGAUUAUACUGGUACGGUCAGUUCUUUCCUCGAUCCCGAUUUACUUAUUAUCUAACUCUCUUAUACCGGUAGCUACAGUUAGGAAUAUUGAGCAGAUCUUCAGGGAUUUUAUUUGGGGUAGGACUGGAGGCAGAAGGGGUAUCCAUCUUAUGGCUUGGGAGGUUGUAUGUCAGCCGACGAGAUAUGGUGGUUUGGGUGUGCAGUCUUUGGUGGCGAGGCGUGAGGUUCUAGCUGCACGACACGCUGCUAGAGUGGUAUUGGAGCCCGAUGGCAUGUGGUCUUCACUUAUGAGGGCCAAGUAUGGCGAUCCAGUGCCGGGUGCCCGGUCGGGGCGACGCCACUCACCGAUAUGGAGGGAGAUUUGUGCUAGAGCAGGGUUGGUGUUCCCGGCGAUUAGAUGGGCCAUUGGUGAUGGUCGAUCUAUUGAUGUGUUGGAGGACCGGUGGGUGACGGAGCAGCCUAUGAGUAGACUUCCGAUUACAGUGGACACAUCGAGGUUAGCCGGUCUCAGGGUCAGUGACUUGAUGGAGCCGGAGGGGGACCACUGGAGGAUGGAGCUGAUCAGGGAGGCUUUCGGGGAGCAGUUGGCGGAGAGGAUCCUGGCCCUACCUAUUUUUGCCCAGGGAGGGGCGGAUAGAUUAGUCUGGAUGCCGACAGGGCGAUCGCAGGUGCGAGCCAGGGAUAUCCACACAUUAUUGAGCCGAGAGCCAGCACGACAGAUAGAGGGAGGAUGGAUCUGGAGGAUGCGGAUUUACCCGCGUGUGGCGCUCUUCAUCUGGAAGGUAGCGUGGGGCUGCCUACCGACUAGGAGCUUACUGGCGCGGCGAGGGGUGAGGAUCACUCAGUUUUGUGAUGAGUGUACGGAGACUGAGGAGACGAUGGAUCAUGUCCUUUUGCAGUGCCCCAGAGCUAGGGGCAUUUGGAGCCGAUCGCCCACAUUGCUACCCCAUUCAGUCGAGUCGACUCAGGGUUUGAUUCAUUGGUUGAGAGUGGCUAUACGGCGGCCUAGCACAGUUGAGGCCGGGAUCCAGGGGGCAUAUUUGGCUCAUUCUAUCUGGCUGGAUAGGAAUGCCGGCAUUUUUGAGGGUAGGCAGUUUCCCCCGUGGAUGGUGGUGGACAGAGCCAUGCGUCUUGCUAGGGAGGUUUCUACCGCUGCUAUUACUUUCUCUUCUGAGGUGGCCAGGGACACCUGGGGUACUCUUUCUGCUGUCACAGCGCCCAGGAUGUCGCCUAUGCAGGGGGGAGUGCACAUCUAUGGAGCUAGGCAUCAGACGCAGAUUGGAGAGCUGGCAGGUGGGUGCAUUGUCGAUGAUGGGGCAAGUCACUCUGGUACGGUUAGUAUUGAGCUCCAUCCUCAUUUACUUGCUCUCCAAUACCCUGGUUCCUCUUGCAGCGAUCCGGAGGUUGAAGAGGAUGUUUUGUAG